AUGUUAAAUGAGAAUUCGUUGCUAUCCGAGGCCACGCUUCAAGCAUAUCAAUUCUACCUUCACUUCGCGCUCUUGGCGUCACUGCUGAGUACCUGUUUUACUGUGUUUGUGGUUCAGAAAGGUAAGAGAGUCAUCUCAUCCAUUUUAACCGCCAAAUUGCAGCGCAGAUCCAGAAAAUGUCCACAUAUCGGAUUUACAUCAUACAAGAAGUGAUUUGGUCCUUUCUCUACGAACUUUCUAUGGGACUGUACGCGCCAGUGUCGUAUUUUCCAUAUGUGUGCACUCAUUCCGCCAGUUUUAUGGACCGCUUCCCGCAUGGUCUUCAGCUGUCUAUUAUGUUUGUGUUGCCGUUGUUUGGAGUGGGAAAGGGUGUGUCGUUGUUCGCCUUGAAUAUCAGACGAUUGCUGGAGGCGUAUCCGCCAAAUCCGGUUGUGGACUUCUUCAAGUUCAGAGGCUGCACCACUUUGGUCAUGGAGAAUGGCGUGUUCAUUUUGCUGUAUUUUCUGUUUAUGGUAAGUCAAGGGCUUCGGAUUUACGGGGAUAGUAUCCCAAGUGGGACGCUGAUCGAGAUUUUUAGAUCGAAAGUUGCAAAAUUUUGAGACUUUUCUUUGCCUCAAACUGGCAAAGUUACGGUCAAACAGUGCUCUUGUCUCUGACGAAUUCAGGCGUUUCUCUCGGCGACUUUCUUUGAAAAACAUGAGCUAAUUAUUUUAGGAAUUGACUUGUGGCUUUUGCCAGAAGUGUGUGCAAAAUUUAAACAAAAUUUGAGCUUCGUACCUGGGGCGUUCCCCUUGUUAGUUGUGUUUCAAUAACAACCUCCGACAGAAUUUUAUUCGGCCAUUUAAACACACUUUUUCAGGGUCCAUUGAUGCUCCAAUUGGAGCCCCCAUACAUCGCCAACGCCAUCCUCAACCAAACCUCGCCCGUUCUGAGCAAGGUCCUCGAACGGCAUCCCAACAUGAUAUGUGUUUCUUCCACGGCUAUCCCCGCUUUGUUCGCCAUACCUCUAUGCCUUUUUGUGGGCUCCAUAUUCUUCAUGCUGUUCCUACAACUCUCAAUGUACAAAUUGCUUCGGCCCAUGGAGACGAAAGUGUCUAGUCAGACCUACCGCCUUCAAAUCAUGCUGUUCAAGAGUCUGUUCUUCCAAGUAAUCGUCGCCUCGGUGUUCCUCUUAUUGCCUGCCGCAAUAUGGACGUCCGGCGGGUUGUUUGAGUUUGAGCAAGCACCAUUCUUGUCCAUCUUUGGGUCGUCGAUUAUUUUAACGCACUCCACAAUGGAUUGUGCCUCAAUUUUGAUCACAGUACGACCCUAUCGCGCUAUGCUGAACAGGAGCAUUUUGAGGAUCUUCAAGAAAGAUGUCAGCUUGAAGAUUUCGUCAUCAACAAAAGUGCUGUAUAUAAGUAGAAGGUCGUCGGCGCAUAAUGGAGGAACUAUCAGUGCGGGUCGGUAAAACAGCUCAAAAGAACACUUGAUGUACGCUCAAGUUGCACGUUUUCGUUCUACGAUCUAUAACUACAGGUGUUAAUAACAGUAACGGGUAAAUGAAUAAAUAGUUUUAAGAAUAACUGAAGGUAUACAUGAAACAUAAAUUUGGUAGAUUUCAGAGGCUCAAAGAGCUGGGGUUUCAGCCGAGCAAAGUUUCAGAAGAAAGAGAGAGAGUCACAUCUCACAAAAGAACCACCCCAUGUGCGACGUACUUCGUAAGCGCGGGCUAACAGUCUUGCACAUAUCCUACAAAAAAUUUUUCUGAAUUCGUGACAAGUUUCAUCAAAAUCUGAGCGUCGCACAUGGUGUCUUUGCUAUUUUUAGAUAAAAGCAAUCUGGAAUAAAGCCAAGAGCGUUUGUUUUUCGAAAUCUUUUGACGCUUAUAAAGAUUCCGUUUUCAUGAUAAGCCAUAAAAGAAAAAAUUCUAUUCGGAAGCGUUUGUAAGCUCACUUUCUGCCGCGAUGUGUAAGUUUCUUUGGUUUUUCAAUCAUGCUUCGAUCCGGACUCUUUGAUGACGACUAUGGAACUAAAAUAUUAGGUUGGAUAAAAACCAUUUUUUCAAAAUUUUUAAUUCUAUCUAAAUUUAUCACUAAUAACAAUUAAUCAGGGUAAUAUCCACCAUCACGAUCGAGAAGGUAUUGCCAAGUUCCGGAAGGGAUUUAACACCUCUGGCUUAAAAAAGUCGGGAUCUUUCGAGGCGAAAAGUCAGCAAUUACGGUUUGGACCAGUUCCAAAAACACCUUGAAGAUGGUUUCUGAGGGCCCGGAAUAAAUGGUAGGCAGUGGGUGCCAGGUCCGGUGAAUACGCCGGAUGUGGUAAAGGAGUCCAGGCUUUUUCGGAAAUUUUUUUUCGGACCAUUUUUGCCGUGUGCGGAUUGGCAUUAUCAUGGAGGAAGAAUACUUUUUCCAUUUUCCCCUUGAUCUUAACGGCGACCCGGUCGAGUUGCUCAGCAUGCACAUCCGCAGUAACCGUAGCACCAGUAGGAAGAAGCUCCCAAUGAAUCAUUCCAUAACAAUAAUUCCAAUCCAAGUACCACAAAACAGAAUUCGUACAACCGGGCUUUAGAGUUCCUCUUCUCCAAACUAACUUCUUUUUUCGUUCUCUCGCACCCACCGAUCGUUUCCACCCGGGAAUUCAAAUGCCAUGGCUCGCUUUCGUGGCGGGACCAGUUGCGGGGAUCGUUGUCAGUUCUGUGUUCCUUUAAUCAAAAUCCAUGGGAUUUUCUUUCAGCUGGGUUUCCCGGCAUCCUCCCCAACAAGCCUGACGAGCCGGAAUUCAAGCUCUGCACCGACCUCAACGGGCCCAUUGUUUUUAAUUGCACGAUGCUGGACUUUGGUCCGGUCAGUGUGAAUAUCCGACUCGACAACCCGACGAAUCAAAUACACACAUUCAAGGUGCGCUUUGCAAGCUUUCUAUUAGCCUUUACAGCCCAAAAUUACAUUGAUUUUUUCAGUGCAAGUGCACCUCAUACGACUAUCUUCGAGUCAAGCCGCCAUUGGGCUUUAUUGAGCCUUACUCAACGAUCAAUUUGAAGGUUGUAUUCCGCUCGAAAAACAUCCCCGAAGAUACGCAAGUGGUCGCAAUUUAUCACAUGCCAGUUGACGAUACGACUAUUCCGUUGCGAGAUCUUUGGCCACACGCCGCAACGUUCGAUGGAGUCCGCAGAUUUCGCUGUGAAUUUGUCAAUGAGUUUGAUCUCCGCUAA